UUGUUUAGUCAUUAGUCAAAUCUUGCAAACAAUUCUUAGUUCUAUAAGAAUCCACAAGUACAUAGCUAUCUCUCACUAAUUAAUUAAGCCCUUCAAAGAAAACAAUGGCAGCAGAUCUCUCCCUCAUUGAUGAACCUUACAAGUUCCUCAAAAUUGCUCUCAAUCCUGACGGUUCACUCACCCGAGAGGACCAAGUCCCCCAGGCGCCUGCCAUGCCUGAACUGGCCUCAGAAACAGCCAACCCUCCAUCGCAGAAACAAGUAGCACUCUCCAAAGACAUUCCCCUAAACGCCACAAACCAAACAUUUAUACGUUUGUUCCGCCCUCUCAAACACACUACUAAACUUCCUGUCAUCAUUGACUUUCAUGGUGGUGGCUUCAUUCUUUAUAGUGCCAUUUCAGCUCCGUUUAAUGAUUUGUGGAACAUCGCGGCUGCUGUCACCCCUGCUUUGAUCAUAACUGUUGAGUACCGUCUUGCCCCUGAACACCGCCUUCCUGCUGCUUAUGAUGAUGCCAUGGAGGCCAUUCUUUGGGUCCGUGAUCAAGCCAGAGACGUUGACGGAUGUGAUCCAUGGAUGAAAGAGCUAGCUGACUAUUCAAACGUUCAUAUCAUGGGUACUAGUGCAGGUGGUAACAUUGCUUACCAUGCAGGUUUACGUUCCCUGGAUGUGGACAUCAGUCCGAUCCAGAUCAAAGGGCUGAUACUAAAUCAGCCCUUUUUUGGGGGAGUUGAGCGAACCUCAUCAGAAGAAAAGUUAAGCAGAAAUCCUUAUCUACCAGUGUCUGCUAGUGACCUGAUGUGGCUCUUGUCAUUACCUCUUGGAAGUGACCGUGAUCACGAGUAUUCUAAUCCGUUGGAUGUUGUGAAUCCGAAGAUCACAAGCCUACCGAGGUGUCUGAUAAGAGGGUUUGAAGGGGAUGCACUGGUGGAUAGAAUGAAGGGGUUGGCCAAGUUGCUGGAUGCACAUGGGGUGAAGGUGGUGUCCAAGUUUGAAGAGGGAGGGUUUCAUGGUGCAGAGGUGUCUGAUCCAAGGGUGGUCCAGGAAUUGUUUUCCCAGCUCAAGGAUUUCAUUUACUCUUCUUAAUUGCUUGUAAUAAGGAUAUUAAUUAUGUCUACUUUGUAAUAAGCAUAUUAUGUUUUAAUAAAAAUACAAUCUUUAUUGUUAAGUACCA